AUGUUCUCCCAGACUCUCCGCCGUGCCGCAGCUCAGUCUGCCCGGUCUUCUCCUCUUGCCGGAAGGUUCACUCCCUCCCCCCACGUCGGCGGCUUCACCCUCAACGACGCGACCAAGUUCGGUGGCAUCGCCGCCACCUUCGGCGUCAGCGCCGGUGUCUUCGCUGUCUUCUUCUUCGGCGAGGUCCCCCGCGUCCGCCAGGAUAUCCUCCAGAAGCUCCCCUUCUUCGACACCUACCUUGACCGCACUAUCGCUCCUGAGGACAACCCUUUCUAA